UCUCCCUUGCUGGCCUAAGGGCUACAGCUGAAGGGAAAGCCAGGCGGUGGGCAGGGAGCAGGAGUGCCUGAAAGUAGGGAGAUCUCCCACUGAGCUUCCUUAGCUGGCUCCCUCAGGCAAGCAGGGACCUGGCACCCAGUGCAGCUGCUCCCCACAGGCCCUGGGUGCAUCAGGACACAAGUGGUCCAAUGGCUUCCCCUGCCUCAGAAUCGGCUAGAAACUGUGGUGGCAGCAGGUUUCCAGCCGCUGCUGCUCCCCGCCACCUCGGCAUCCCUCACAUUCUGGGAAUGAGCACUAGAAGGCAGGACUGCCCCCAGCCAAGAUGGCCACUGCAAGCUGCUGCUUCCCCACGCUCCUGGCUGGAGCAGGAUAGGAGCAGUCCUGGGGAUCCUCUGCUCCUGGCUCAGCCAGAUAGUGGGGGCAGUGAGCAGGCAACCCCCGGUGGACAGUGCGCUGGAGUCACGCUGUAUGGAGAGACUACCUGCUCCAGGGUCUCCAAAAAGCACCUGGCUGGUGCUGCUGCCCUGGCCUGCUCUGCCCAUGCAGGGGUGGGGAGGGGGGCACUGCUGGCAUGUCCUGCACCCCCCCCCCUUUUCCAAAUUCCUGGAUCCACUCAUGGCCCCCAGCCCUUCCCACUUGGAAGUCAGAGGCUCACCGCACCCUUCAGUAACGUUACGGGAACUCGUGCCUCAAGUGCAGUAACCCGAUGGAUGGGCUCUUAUGCUCAGGUGGACGUUUCCCUUGUGGAUCAGCAGCUGUGAUUUGGAUCUCAAAUUUGAUGCGAGAUUUCAAUUUGAUCGCUGGAGCUAAUUACAUGUGUUCCCAUAGUUAAAAAAUUUCCACGUGGAGUAUAGCUGUUGCAGCGAAGGACACAUUCAAAUGCCAUUGCUGGAUUUUAUUAAAUACAGCUCCUGGCAUAUGGCCCCCAAACAGGUUGGUUUUGCCACCGGGUUCCAAAUCCUGGUAACGACAAACCCUGCCACUCCUUGAAACAUCAGGGGAAAAUAUUUAGUCCUGUGAGCUCCGGCUUGGCUACCGCCCUCCUGCACGUGUGGAAACUCAUUUCUUAGCACAGGGGAUUGAAGAAUGAAUGAUGGGCCGUCUCCGCUCCUCUGCCGUUUUAAUUCAACUCCGCCGCCGACUCCCUGUGCCCUUGAACAAACUUCAUUGCUUAGUAAGGGGACGUGCUGGCAGUAAGAGGGGACGUGGUAGUGGUCUUUGAAUGCUUGAAGGGCUGCUGUAAAGAAGACGCCAGGGGAGUUGUGGACUUUCCAUCACGGGGGUUUCAAGAAGAGCUUGGACAGCCACUGGCGGGGGGUGAUGUAGGUGCAGGGAUGCCGGUGGUUAUGGGGACUUCCCAGGCUUCUGGGCUUUGCCCUUUGUCCCCUCUCCCCCUUUCGCUACAUGUCAGGGGGCUUUUAAGCUUCCCUCAGAGGCACUGGGUUUUGGCUGUAGCCAAGGCUGGGGAUGCUCCUGCUGGGACUCAAGCCUAGGUGGUCCUGGCUAGUGGGUCUUGCUCGUCCACUUGGGGUCAGACUGAUGCCACAUUUGGGGUCAGGAAGGGAUUUCCCCCCACGCUCAGACUGGUACGGACUCUAGCGGGGGCACGUCCUCUGCCCGAGCGGGUAUGAACAACCCUUACAGCAGCAGGGCGCUGGCCGCCGGGCCCCCCCUGCUUUCCCUGGGGCAGGUUCGGGUGCGACGUCUCGUGCGAGGGUUGACACCCAUUUUGCUUCGAGGCCGGACCGUGGUCUUGUGCGGGCCGGUUUGGGCAGGGCCGACUGGACGUGACCCCGGCGGCCCCGUCCACCCUGCUCCUUUCGGGCCUUCGCGUCCUUGCCCCCUCGGCAGCCGGUGCCACCCUCAGGCCUUCCUCUUCCUGCCCCCGAAGCAGCUGGGCCGGCCCCAGGAGGCCCCCAGAGCACGGGAGGAGAUGGGGCACCCUCUCCUGCACCCCCACAGGCACCCCCAGGCCCAGGCGGGCGCAUGCCACCAGCCCCAGAGCGGGGUGGGGGUCCCGGGCCCCGGGAGCGGGUGGAGAGAGGAGCCUGGACAGGUCUCCGGGGUGGGGCUGCCUAGUGGUUAGAGCCUCCCACGUUGGGGGGGGAGGCUGGAGCAGGAGAGGCCGGAAGUGGGGGGAAGAACUACAUGUCCCACAACCCCCCGCGGCGGCGGCGUCCAUAGCAACGGGAGACGGGCCGGGAUGGGGCAGGAUUACUACGGGGCGCUGGAGCUGCCCCGCAGCGCCAAGGACGCGGACAUCAAGAAGGCCUACCGCAAGCUGGCCUUGAAGAACCACCCUCUGAAAAGCAAAGAGCCGUGGGCCAAGGAGAAGUUCAGGCAGAUCGCAGAGGCCUACGACGUGCUGAGCGACCCGGUGAAGAAGGGUGUGUACGACAAGUUUGGAGAGGAGGGUCUCAAAGGCGGCAUCCCUCUGGAGUUUGGGACGGAGAACCCCUGGACCGUGGGCUACGUGUUUCAUGGCAACCCCGAGAAGGUCUUCAAGGAGUUCUUUGGAGGAGACAACCCCUUCGCUGAGUUCUUCGCUGAAGAUGGCUUGGAUGCGAUGGUGGCCUUCGGCGGGCUGCGAGGCCGCGGCGUGGCCAAGCAGGACCCCCCGAUCGAGCGGGACCUCUACCUGUCGCUGGAGGACCUCUUCUACGGCUGCACCAAGAAAAUUAAGAUUUCCCGCAGGGUGAUGAACGAGGACGGUUACACAUCCACCAUCAAGGACAAGAUCCUGACCAUCGACGUGCAUCCGGGCUGGAAGGCGGGCACCAGGAUCACCUUCGAGAAGGAAGGAGACCAGGGCCCGAACAUCAUCCCGGCAGACAUUAUCUUCAUUGUCCGCGAGAAGCUGCACCCCCGGUUUAGGAGGGAGGACGACAACCUGCUCUACGUUGCCAGCAUCCCCCUCGGGCAGGCCCUGAUCGGCUGCACAGUGAGCGUGAAGACGCUGGACGAACGGCUGCUGAACAUUCCCAUCAACGACAUUGUCCACCCCAAGUACUUCAAGAUCGUGCCGGGCGAAGGGAUGCCCCUGCCCCAUGACCCCACCUGCAAAGGGGACCUCGUCAUGUGCUUCGACAUCUGCUUCCCCCGGCAUCUCACCCCGGCCAAGAAGCAGCUCCUGCGGCAGGCACUCCUGAGCUGAGACGGAGCCUCAUGUCUGUCUCCAUCCCCGCUCCCCAGAGGAAUAAAGCCUUCUGGCUACUUGUACAGCU